AUGAAAAUAGAUAUAUCUAGGUGCCAAGUAACAACAAGAGUCCAUCCAGAAGUGCCAAAAUAUAAGCAGUUGCUCAAGAAAUAUGACAAGCUGAACUUGAUUCAAGAUCGAAUAUUUGAGAAACGUGGAAUGGGAGACCUUAGUCCUAUUCAGUCUAGAUACUCCAUACUUCAAGCUAUUAUGGAAAAAGCAGGACAAAAUGGUUGGCAUGUCAGUGCCAUAUGCGUGGAAAACUUUAACGAUGCCAGCUAUAGGAGGCUUCUAGAAGAUCUGGAUCGAAGACAAGAAAAGAAAUUUGUAAUAGAUUGUGAAAUAGAGAGACUUCAAAACAUAUUAGAACAGAUUGUCAGCGUUGGAAAACAUGUUAAAGGAUACCAUUAUAUCAUUGCAAACCUGGGAUUCAAGGAUAUUUCUCUUGAGAGGUUUAUGCAUGGAGGAGCCAAUGUGACAGGAUUCCAGUUAGUAGAUUUUAAUACAACCAUGGUGACCAAGCUCAUGCAGCGCUGGAAAAAACUAGAUCAAAGAGAGUACCCAGGAUCAGAAACACCUCCUAAGUACACAUCUGCUCUGACAUAUGAUGGGGUACUUGUGAUGGCAGAAACUUUUCGCAAUCUUAGACGACAGAAAAUUGACAUUUCAAGGAGAGGGAAUGCUGGAGAUUGUCUGGCCAAUCCUGCUGCUCCCUGGGGCCAGGGAAUUGAUAUGGAGAGGACACUCAAACAGGUUCGAAUUCAAGGGUUGACAGGAAAUGUUCAGUUUGACCAUUAUGGACGAAGAGUCAACUACACAAUGGAUGUAUUUGAACUGAAGAGCACAGGACCCAGAAAGGUUGGUUAUUGGAAUGAUAUGGAUAAACUAGUUCUGAUUCAAGAUGUACCUACACUUGGCAAUGACACUGCAGCUGUUGAAAAUAGGACAGUUGUUGUAACCACAAUCAUGGAAUCCCCAUAUGUUAUGUACAAGAAAAACCAUGAAAUGUUUGAAGGGAAUGACAAGUAUGAAGGAUACUGUGUAGAUUUGGCUUCUGAAAUUGCAAAACAUAUUGGUAUCAAGUACAAAAUUGCCAUUGUCCCAGAUGGAAAAUAUGGAGCAAGGGAUGCAGAUACAAAAAUCUGGAAUGGGAUGGUAGGAGAACUUGUUUAUGGGAAAGCAGAGAUUGCUAUCGCCCCGCUAACAAUCACUUUGGUCCGAGAAGAGGUUAUAGACUUUUCAAAGCCCUUCAUGAGUUUGGGCAUAUCCAUUAUGAUUAAAAAGCCUCAGAAAUCUAAACCAGGAGUCUUUUCCUUCUUGGAUCCUUUGGCCUAUGAGAUCUGGAUGUGCAUAGUUUUUGCCUACAUUGGUGUCAGCGUGGUCCUGUUCCUAGUGAGUAGAUUUAGUCCGUAUGAGUGGCACACAGAAGAACCAGAGGAUGGAAAAGAAGGACCAAGUGACCAGCCUCCCAAUGAGUUUGGCAUUUUUAACAGCCUCUGGUUUUCCCUGGGUGCCUUUAUGCAGCAAGGAUGUGACAUUUCACCAAGAUCCCUCUCAGGUCGAAUUGUUGGAGGUGUUUGGUGGUUCUUUACGCUCAUCAUCAUCUCAUCUUAUACGGCCAACCUUGCUGCAUUCUUGACAGUUGAGCGAAUGGUCUCCCCAAUAGAAAGUGCAGAAGACCUUGCCAAACAAACUGAAAUUGCAUAUGGAACAUUGGACUCUGGGUCAACAAAAGAAUUCUUCAGAAGAUCAAAAAUAGCUGUCUAUGAAAAGAUGUGGACCUACAUGAAAUCAGCCGAGCCUUCAGUGUUCACUAGGACUACAGCUGAGGGAGUAGCACGUGUCCGCAAGUCCAAGGGAAAAUUUGCCUUCCUCCUGGAGUCUACUAUGAAUGAAUACAUUGAACAGCGAAAGCCAUGUGACACCAUGAAAGUUGGAGGAAAUCUGGAUUCGAAAGGCUAUGGAGUAGCAACGCCUAAGGGUUCCUCAUUAAGAACUCCUGUAAACCUUGCCGUUUUGAAACUCAGUGAGGCAGGCGUCUUAGACAAGCUGAAAAACAAAUGGUGGUACGAUAAAGGUGAAUGUGGACCCAAGGACUCUGGAAGCAAGGACAAGACGAGUGCCUUGAGCCUGAGCAACGUAGCUGGAGUCUUCUACAUUCUGGUUGGCGGCUUGGGCUUGGCCAUGCUGGUGGCUUUGAUAGAGUUCUGUUACAAGUCCAGGGCAGAGGCAAAGCGAAUGAAGCUGACCUUUUCUGAAGCCAUAAGAAACAAAGCCAGAUUAUCCAUCACAGGGAGUGUUGGAGAAAAUGGCCGUGUAUUGACUCCCGACUGCCCAAAAGCUGUACACUCUGGAACUGCAAUUAGACAAAGUUCAGGAUUGGCUGUAAUUGCAUCGGACCUACCAUAAAAACCAAAAAAAUAAUUGAGUGCCUUAAUUAAAACUGUGUUGGUGACUGAUGGAAACACAGCACAGCCUGUCACGACAUGGGAGUGUCACUGAUGAACUCCGAAAUUUGGCUGAGAACGGGAAGUAUGUCCAAAUGCGCCAGACAUCAUCAGCAACAAUGUGUGCAUGAGCUCAGCUCGGAAACCCAAACUCAGAUUUUAUAUCAGGAAAAUUCAUAAUUUAGAUUUUUGGGGGGUGGGAAGGGCGGGAACUGGGACGGGUGUAUUAACAGCAACAAAUUUCACUGGAGUGGACUUAAACUAAUAAGACUUGCCAAUUAGCGCAUUAAACUGUGAAGGACUUGCUCAGAAAGGACAACACUUUUACUUUGGACUUUGCCGAGAGGGAUUAAAUAGCUAUAGAAGUCAAUGAACAUGCUAACCUGUGUCUCCUGAACACCCAUGUAUUCAAGGAAGAAUAUCCAGCUGUGGAAUUGAGUCACAAAACUGUGAUGAGAAAAUAAUAAACAAACAUGUAAAUCCUGUGAAAAGUAAAAGAAAUUAUUUACAUUUCCUUUGAGGAAAAAGAGGAAUAUUGAAACAUGCUUGCUUUUUAACUGAUGUAAAUUCGGUAGAGGACAACACAAUUCUUUUUUCUAACCAUCUUAGGGAACAAUUCAUUGCAAUAAUUGAUAUAAAUGGCAUCACUGUAAUAAAAUUCAGAGACUUUUUUUUUAUAAAAGUUGUUGACCAUCUUCUUGUUUGCUGUUAUCUUCAUUCUGUUACACACCAGUGUCCCACAGAUCACAUCUGUCUAAGUAGGAGAAACAAAGCAAAAAGAAAAAAAAAUGUUGACGUUAUAUCAUCAGUCUGCAGUGUAGAAUCAAAAGAGACUACGGGUCACUCAUGCUACCAAUAUUAUUUAU